GCAAGCCCCAACCUGCUGGGCUCGGCACAUCCCUCCCGCCAGUGCGGGGCAAGGCGGCCGGGCUGAGAGGCGGUGCUCGGUGGGCUGGAGCAGCAGCAUGCCUUUGCCGAGGCGCCGGUCGUCCUUCUUGGGGCAGCAGCCCUCUUCCUCCGCGGCCGAGAGCUCGGGGGCCCCCGGCCGCCGGGUGAGCAUCGGGGGCGGAGGAGCCCUGUCAAGACCCCCUGGCGUCUACGUGGGCACCGUCCCCACUGGUGGCGUGAGCAGCUUGGGCACCCGAGUGUCCCGCAGAGCCCUGGGCAUCAGCAGCGUCUUCCUCCAGGGUCUGCGCAGCUCCUCCACCACUGUGCCCCUUGCCCCGGGGCUGGAGAAGGGCAGGGGUCUCUCCUAUGAGAGCCUGAAUGUCUGCUUGGUGGAGUACAUCGAGAAGGUGCGAGCUCUCGAGCAGGUCAACCAGGAGCUGGAGGAGCACAUCAGAGUCUACCUGGACAAGAAAGCGGCCAGUGUGAGCAGCUGGGGAGCACUGCGGGAGAACUGGGAGGCGAUUUACCAUCAGGUGAGCGAAGCAGUCCUUGAAAAUGCUCGUCUUAUGCUGCACACCGAGAACAUUCAAGCCUGUGCUGAAGAUUUUAAAGACAGGUACGAAAAUGAGCAGCCAUUCAGAAAGGCAGUGGAAGAUGAAAUUAAUUCCCUGUAUAAAGUGAUUGAUGAUGCUCAUUUAACUAAAAUGGAUCUGGAGAGUCAGAAAGAGAGCAUGAAAGAAGAACUAACUUUGCUGUCAAAGAAUCACGAAGACGAUGUGAAGGUGUUAUACAAGCAGCUUGCUGGAUCUCAGCUGGAAGAACUUGAUGUUCCCCUGGGAAGUGGCCUGGACGACAUACUGGAAAAAAUCAGAAUCCACUGGGAGAGAGACAUUGAAAAGAAUCGUGCUGAGACAGGUGCCCUGCUCCGUACCAAGCAACAGGCUGAAACGAUGGCUGCUGUGCGAACGCAGGAGGAAGAGCUGGUGGAGUGCCUCAGGACGGAGUUCCAUGAAACCGCCUGCAAAAUACAGAGCUUGCAAGCAGAAACCGAAUCUUUGAGAACCUUGAAGAGGGGUCUGGAGAACUCUUUAUACGACGCCAAGCACUGGCACGAUAUCGAACUGCAGAACCUAGGCUCUGUCAUUUCCAAGCUGGAGGCAGAGAUGGGAGAAAUCAAAGUAGAAACCGAGCAGCAACAGCGGGAUCGUGACAAUCUGCUGAUCAGCAAACAACAGCUGGAGAAAGACAUUGCUGCAUAUCACUGCCUUCUGGAUGGAGAACAAAGCAGCUGAUUAUGAAACUCCCAGCCCACAGAAGACCAUUGCAAUUAAAGCAAAAGAAGAUGUCACUGCCAAUUAUGUUCAUGAAAGCUAAAAACCCAUCAAAGCAGCCUGCUUUAUUCAGUUUGAUUCAACAAUCGAAGUAGGUUGUAGCUUGAACAACUUUAUUAGACCCUCCUCAUGUAAUUGCUUUGCUUACAGAUUUCAAUUUACUCAUGUUGUUAAAAUUAUAAUAAAAAUAAAGAAUAUCAGGUUUUU